AUGGAAGAGCCAGACCAUGUCAACUCAAAGAACUAUGCAAGGGGUCUCAUUAUGGCAUAUGCCAUAGUCCAUGUUGGUAUUGCGAUAACAUUUGCUGUUUACCAGCAUAAAAUCUUUCGUCUAACAGCCAUGGUCCGAGGUAGCCUAGUGAGCCUGAUAUUUGACAAGACUUUGCGUUUGAAUACAUCUUCUGUAUCGGAUGCUACUGCAGUGACCUUGAUGAGCACUGACAUGGAAAGAAUUCAAAACAGCCUCUUAGAGAUGCAUGAAGUCUAUUGUAACUUCAUAGAAAUUGCGCUAGCACUAUGGUUUCUCGCACGUUUACUCGGCAUUGCAACUAUUGCAUCUUUGUCGAUUGUCUUAGUUUGUCUUGCUGCAACUGUGCCACUGGCAAUUGCUUCUGGCAAUGCACAGGGAGAAUGGCUGGAGUCUGUUGAAGAGCGUGUUGCGGUGACUUCGAAGGUUCUCGGAGUUAUGAAAAACAUCAAAAUGACAGGCUUGACAAACGUCGCAGCACGCACUCUGCGGAACCUACGAUCAGAUGAAAUAAAGAGUGCAAUACCUUUUCGGCUCUACAAUGUCAUCAAUAUCACAAUAUCAUAUGCCUCUUUGGCACUAUCUCCUGUAUUUGGUUUUGGAGUCUACAUUUUUUUGGCUCGGGCGAAUGACACAGCAACUAUCACAAAUGGACUUGCUUUCUCAGCAUUAACUCUGUUCUUGCUUCUCGAUAUACCUAUGGUUUCAAUUGCUGAUGGGGCAGAAGAUCUCAUCGCAGUUGUCAACUGUCUUCAAAGAAUUCAAAAAUAUCUACUGGAGACAGAACGUACGGAUCAUCGCUCUAUCGCCUAUCCUGAAGAGCGCCCAUUGAUUAAUUUGGAUACCAAUGAGGGUGGCGAGAAUGGAGUUUCGCCCUGUGCCAAAGCCCGUGGCCUAUCAGUAUCAUGGUCCAUUGAUGAUGAGCCGAUACUUAGUGAUUUGAACUUUGACAUCGAUCACAACAAGAUUACAAUGAUUGUCGGUCCAGUCGGAUGUGGAAAGUCAACAUUGUUAAAGGUGCUGUUGGGGGAGGUUCCAGAAUGCUCUGGGCUUAUAUUUGUGGCAUACCAGCACGCCGCCUACUGUAAUCAAUCACCGUGGGUUACUUUCGGUACUGUUCAGCAAAACGUUAUUGGCGCAUCUCCAUGGGAUCAAAUCUGGUAUGAUCGUGUGAUUCAAGCAUGUGCCUUGCGGCUUGACUUGCAACAGCUUCCGGCAGGAGACCAAACAAAAGUUGGAGUUCAGGGAUCAAGACUCAGUGGUGGUCAGCAAAUACGGGUGGCUCUUGCGCGGGCUCUCUAUUCCAGGGAACCUGUUCUGAUAUUGGACGAUGUUUUGACGGGACUUGACCGCGAAACGGAGAGCUUCAUCCUGGAGUCCGUGUUUGGACGGAACGGCUUAUUAAAACAAAUUUCUCGAACCGUUGUACUUGCAACAAAUUCUGCCCACCAUCUCUUUUACGCUGAUCAUAUCAUUUCAAUCGACUCGAAAGGGAAACUGGCCGAGCAAGGGUCUUACGAGGCCCUCUUUGUUGCUCGAGGUGCUGUUCCAUCUAUCUCUAACCAACCCGACGAGGAACAAGUCCACAGAGAACCAGAGGUUCUGUUUGACGAGGAAGCUCUGCAAGAAUUGCAUUUGGAAAAUGACGAGAUGGAUCACGUCAGCCGACAGACUGGGGACUUUUCCGUCUACCUUUACUACUUCGAGAAGAUCGGGUGGCGUUUGAUGACUCUUAUCGUGGCAAGUUCUGUCAUGUUCACCUCUGGGUUCAUCUUUCCUCAAAUUUGGCUUCAAAAAUGGACCCAAGCAAACGAGCAACACCCUAACGAAAAUAUCGGUUAUUGGCUCGGUGUCUAUGCCGCUCUCGGCGUUUUUACGCUUUUGGCAGCUUUUUUUGGUAGCUGGGUCUUCGGUAUGGUUAUUGUUCCCAAAAGUGCACGCAAGUUCCAUGAAGUCCUGUUGGAGACUACGAUGAGGGCAACAACUUCCUAUCUAACUUCGACGGACAUCGGAACAACGACAAAUAGAUUCAGCCAAGAUUUGGAGUUAAUUGACGAUGAGCUCCCUUCGGCUCUCGAGUUAACAGUCAACGCCAUAUUGAGCUGUAUCUUCGAAGGCUUUCUAGUCUUCGUGGGAUCCAACUACAUAAUCGCAGCAACAAUCCCUCUCUGUGCUUUAGUAAUCUACUACGUUGCCAGAUACUACGUCAAGACAUCUCGUCAAGUGCGACUGCUAGAUAUCGAAACCAAAGCUCCCCUUUUCUCACAUUUCCUCGAGGCGUUGAGCGGCCUAACAAGUAUCCGCGCUUAUGGAUGGACUGAGAAUUAUCAACUACGAACUCAAAUUGCCCUUGAUACAUCCCAGCGCCCAUAUUACAUGCUGUCCUGCAUUCAGCGCUGGCUCGGCCUUGUUCUCGACCUUAUCGUUGCGGCUAUUGCGGUCCUGGUUGUUUCAGGCGCCUUUGCGAUGAAAGGAAAUUCCUCGUUGAAUCUACUCGGAAUUACACUGUUCAAUAUUGUUAACUUCAGUUCAACUUUGCAAACACUUAUCAAGGAGUGGACUGGUCUUGAGACCUCCAUUGGGGCGGUUUCCCGUAUCCGCUCAUAUGUGCGGCAAGCAAAAACCGAAGAUCUGGAUGGUGAAGUCGGUGUGGUCCCAGGAUUGUGGCCACUGCAUGGUAAUGUUGAGAUCAGAAAUGUGUCUGCUUCAUAUGAUGGAUCUCCGGAGCCCGUUCUUCGAGGUAUCAAUCUCAAAAUUUCCGGUGGCGAGAAAAUUGCACUGUGUGGAAGGACUGGAAGUGGGAAAUCAUCGCUGAUUUCAACGAUCCUACGAACGCUCGAGAUCGACAGCGGUGAGAUCUGUAUCGACGGGGUGGAUAUUUCCAGAAUCCCGCGAUCACACAUUCGCUCAUGCUUGAAUACCAUUCCACAGCAGGCUUUUUUCUUAGCUGGUUCAGUUAGGCUUAACGCAAACCCCCAAGAAGAUGUCUCAGACGCCACUAUCAUCGAAGCGCUAGAGGCAGUCAACUUAUGGACUUAUCUCGAAUCGAAGGGUGGCUUGGACACAGAAAUGACCGACGAGUUACUAUCUCAUGGCCAGCAGCAACUUUUCUGUAUGGCAAGAGCCCUCUGCAGAUCUAGCAAGAUUGUAAUUAUGGAUGAGGCUACGAGCAGUGUGGAUUCUGAGACGGAAGUUCUCAUGCAACAAGUUAUUAGAACUCGAUUCAAAGACCAAACUCUCAUUACCAUUGCUCAUAAGCUGGACUCUGUUCUUGAUUAUGAUACGAUUGUUUUCUUGGAUCAUGGAAAAGUGAUUGAAUUCGAUACACCACAAAAUCUUUUAUCGCGAGAAGACUCGGCAUUCAAGUCUUUGUAUGAUAGUCUUCGGCGGCGACAAACCUGA